AUGAGGGCCCGUCGAGGAUACAGCAAAGGAGGGUGCAGGGAAUGCAAGCGACUCAAGCGAAAAUGCACCGAAGAAAAGCCAAGUUGCAAGGAGUGCAUCCGACUCCUGAAGGUUUGCACCUACCCUGAAGCAGGCGAGUCUGUUCAAAGAGUAUCUAGAAAAGUCAUGCGCGAAAACCCGAAACGAUUCGACAAGUUUGAGACCGCCAAGGCUAGGAGGCGAGCAAAGCCACUUACAAUCCAAAUGUACCAUGGCCCUGAAAAGCAUCAGAAACGCACCAAAACAGUGGCGAAAGAGACGAGUCCCGAAGACCAGAAAUUCUCGAGUGUUUCUUCGCUAGAGAGGCUAUACGGCCGAUCUUUUCACAGCAACUCGUUUCCUCAAAGCAAUAUGCGAAGCCACUCUGCUCAGGGCGAAUCGCAAGCUCACACGCCCCUGCAAUUUCAUCACGAACCCACUGCAACUCACCUGCUGACUAUUCAGCAACAGGACGUCCCUCAAAGCUCGCAAUUUGGUUUCCACCAGGGAGGAGGAGGAGGAGGAGGCGAUGUCGACCCAAACUCAUUACUACUCGGAGACGUCUACAACAAUGAAGACCUUAGCGUGUUGGCGGCAGAUUUGAAUAAUCUUGUCAACGACAUCAUGUUCACCUCGAAUAUAAGCCAGCAUCAAGAAGACUUUGAUCAAAACUUGUUUGACCCAUACUUCAAUAUACCCACUGUUUAUGUCGACGACAUCCCCAAGCAUAUACCGCUCGAUUACAUCAAUUUGAAAACCGACGACGAAAGACGCUAUUUAAAAGAGUUUUACGACAUCUUUGCCAUGGAGAUAUUGCCAUUUGGAGCGUUUGAUAAAAACACGGGGCUAUACUCCAACCCUAUUCGCGACGUGAUUAUGAAAUACGCUGCGGGGGAGCCGUUUCUUCUCUCCGCUGUUUUGUCCCAGGGCGCGAAAUUGGAGUCCAACAAGAAACUGUCAACAAGCAAAAAGGAUUUGGAAAACUGUGGAACUUAUUUGUCGGCGUGCUUGAAAUUGUUGGGGCCCGCGCUUAGUCGGAAUCGUGAUAAACUAGUCAAGGAUGACUUGACCUCAAAUAUCGAAAGUAUAUUGAUAACUGUGUUAUUAUUGACGUCCUCAAGUGCCACGACGGAGAAACAGAGCUGGCGACCUCAUUUGAAAGGGGCCAAGGAUAUCAUUGUCAAGGCGACAAAUCGAAAGAUCCGGCUGUCCAAGACGUUGAUUUUGUGUAAAUUGUGGUUUGCCGACUUUGAGAUAUUGGCGGGUUUAAGUUCAGAUUUAGGGGGAACUCUUCGAACAAAGGAAGAAAUGGACUCGGUUCUCAACUUUGACGAUGAAUACGUCGAGUCGGUGUUGCGACAAUCUGAUUUGAUACAGGAUAACGGGUUCAAUGUUGUUUCCGGCUAUCAUAAAGAUUGCACUCCCUAUUUCAAGACUCUUUGCGAAUUGGUACGGCAGAAGCGCGAAAACGAGAGGUUCUUGUCGGAGGAUUCUCUCGAGUACCUUGACCUAAUCAGUGGGUUCCACUCGCAAUACAUGGUGACGUUUUUCACUCGAAUUCCUCACACUACAGCCCAGACAAUCAACGGGUUUAUAACCGACUCAACGAACUUGAUGGGAUCACUCCAGAAAAUCGACGGAUCUACCUUGAGAAUCAGCUGGAUGGAUAUUUCACAGCAAGCGUAUUCAUUAGCAGGGUUGAUCACUGUAUUCACCGAAUUGCUCCAAAACCCAGCAGAGUCGACCCACGUGAAGCAUCUUGUCACAAAAGUGGUCAAUUUGAUCCGGUGCUUUGAAAAUACCAGGGACUACAUGAACAUGACUUUUCCUUAUGCGUUCCUGAUGAUCCAAUGGCCCGUGGCAGUGGCAGGAACGAACUGCACUGAACGGCGGCACUAUCCUUUGAUUGAAAACUUCUUUGGCAUCUGCUGUCAAUUGGGCUCCUUCAAUGCCAAGUGCACACUUGAGAGAUUAAAGAAAUUGUGGGCUCUUCGAGAGUCAGGACAGCCUGUGGCAAAUGUCGAGCUGGAUGAUUUUGAUAAAAUUGCAUACUGA